AUGACAGCGAUGCUGACAAUUCUCGGCGUUUUUCUCGCGACAAUUCGCUUCUCGAGUUGUAUUCCAAUUCCGAAUGGAAUUUUGGGAAAUGUCGAAAUUGAAUGCACCGAAGACACUAUCGAGGCAGUUUUCCUAACAGAAUCGCCAUUUCUCGGAAGAGUAUUCGUGUUGGGCCAUUCGCAUGAUAAGGAUUGUGUGUCUCUUGAGAGAGGGCGACGGACCACGUCGAUUACGGUGCCGCGAAACAAAUGCGGCGUCGAGACAAUUAAUCGGGGAAAUGGUGCCGGAUACACUUCUUCCGUCAAUGUUGUCAUUUCUUUUCAUAAUAAAUUUAUCACGAAAGUUGAUCGGGCUUAUAAUAUCACUUGUUUGUACGCGCCAACCGGCGAUGUUGUGUCCUAUGCUCUUUCCGUCGAACCCACACUCCUCAAAGACAUCCAAGUGCUCGCUGAUCAGCCGACAUGCGAGUAUGAAGUCUUCGAUGUGCGGACGAGAAAACCUGCCGAUGUCGUCAAGGUCAACUCACCGUUGGAGCAUGUUUGGACUUGUGAUGGCUCAAAUUUGGAUUUAUUCUGCAUGCGAGUUCAUGAUUGUUUCAUUAACGAAGGAAAGUUCAAGAAGUCAAAAGUGAUUGACGCAGAAGGAUGUUCGCUGGAUCCGAAGCGUCUUCCAAAUCUUCGCUACGAUAACAAUAAAUUAGUGGCUCGGGUAAUGUCUCGAGCAUUUCAAGUUGGAAAUGAUGUAGCUGUUGAAUUCGAGUGCAAUGUUCGAUUAGAUCUCAAAAACGGAACAUGUCCGGUAAUAAAUUAA